AUGUAUGACAUGUUGUCCGAAUUCCGAGUGUCAGAAUUCGAUUCCAUCACAGACAUAUUUAGAUUGACUUCUGGCGAUCCGUUGGAUACCUUCGGUGAGAUGUGGUACCCGGUGUUUCUGUGGUCUUUGUUCUCCUCAGUUUUCGUACAUACGUGUGCAGCACUUGUCGCCUUUGGAACUUUAAGAAAACACAAGUACGGGAAAUUCUUUCCAGUAUUGUUAAUUGUGAUGGGUGUUGUGAGUCCAGUGACAUCAGGAGUAGCUACUAGCGCUGCCGUUGCCUUCAUAUACCGAGCUGCCAACUUAACUAUGCCACCUAUACAUGCUCUGAUAUGGGGCAUUGGACAAACUGUGCUAGGAGCAGGUAUGGGAUUCACGAGAAUUUUGGCUACUUUGUAA